GGCCUAGGCAGAGAGCUGGUUCUCAAUAGGUCGAUCAUGAGCAUGAGAAGCUUCACUCCGCAACGCCUCGACCAUGACAUCAGCGGCCAGGGACGACUCGCGUCUUUCGGCCACCCUGGGAUGGUCGUGAGCGCAGGCAGCCGGGGGCACUCGCCUGGGCCACUUGGUCCUCAGGAGAUGAGGAGGGUGUCAUUUAGAGCGACCCCCUCGCACCAGUCAGUGCAGCAGGCACAUCGGUUUGCCCUGUCUUCUGCUUCUGGCACACGCUUCCUGGAACUGCAUGAUGAGAGCGAGGAAGAGGGCGACAAGCAGGAAAUGCAUGCUCUCGAUGAAAACGACGAGGCACGGCUGGACGUAGAAUUGAAGAUGGCUCAGGACUCACUUGGACGACUUAUGGCAUUGGUUGAUGUCUCUACCGUACUGUUGCCUGACCAAGCACUGGGUCUGCAUAUCGCUGGCGUGCCGGCUACCUGCUCCACCGCAUUUGAUAUCCCGCUAUCUACGCAGGUUACUGCCAUAGAGCCGCACGGCUUGCUGAAGAAAUGUGCUGAUGAUCCUGCGCAGUUGUCCACGGAUGGCAUUGCCCUACGCCUCGCUUCCGUGGAUGGCGUCUCGGGGCUCAACGGCGUGAGGCACCUCAAGCUCCUGUUGCAGAAGCUCCACGUGACUGCAGGCGAUCGAUCACAAGGUCUCAGAGUGAACUUUGUGUUCUGCAGAGAGGUGAAGUUCCACUUCUGCUUCAAGAACAGGGAGUGUGAAGGGACAGCCUUGCACGUGGCGACUCUCCACAAGAAGGGGCAGGGCCUUCUGCAGCGUCUGCUGGAAGAGGGAGCGGAUCCCCGGCAGGAGUACACCUUCUCCUCGCGAGGAGAACCUGGAUCUGCCCAGGCUAUACAUUUAGCUGCAGCACGAGGGCUAGUUCGUCACAUUGACCUGCUGCUGCAGCAUGGCGCAAGCGUGCAUGCGUACAGCCGGGUGAACAACAAGGACAACUACUCUGCCCUCCACGAGGCAGCUGCAUAUGGCCUGGUUGAAACUGCACACUUCCUGUUGAAGUGCAAAGCUGACCCGAACACGCCGAACUUGAAGAAACACACCGCUCUACACGUCGCAGCGCGGGCUGGCGAUGUCAGGUGUUGCCAUUUGCUGAAGAACUUCAAAGCCGACCUGCAGGCAAGAAAUUCUCUUGGAGCAACGCCUGUUAUUGUUGCGGUCGAACGCGGCAACUACAGGUUUGACAAGCUCUUUCACCUGAUGGAGCGCUCGUUCGAGGAUUUGCUUGUGGUGAGCCAACUCUGCGCCAGCGUGGCGUCGGUGGUCAUGCGGGACAACAGCAGCCACAGAGUCCAUCCCGAGUGGAGAGAGGCGCUGGUGAAGCAGGCUACGGAGUUCCCGGAUUGGGCCACUCAGCGCUGGAUGGAGAUCAUGAACAACUCUCCGGGUGCUGGCGAGGACAUCCUGGAUGUGCUGACUGUCCGACCUGCAGCACAGAGCGACACUUACAAUCCAGUCCCCAGGCGAGCUCGAUUGCCAUCAAAUACAAACAUGAUGUGCCGAUAUGAGCGAACCUCCGUGUGGGAGUGGGACACGGACAUUGGAGUGCCGGCCUGGCAAUCCGAGCUCUGCCCCGGGGUGCAGAAUGGCUGGGCGAAGAGAGAGUCAGCACACACCUCUGCCUAUGAGAAGCUGGCUGGUUGCUGCUGCUGCCGGCGCAGACAAGGCGAGCCCCUCCUUACUCCGGGCAUAUCAGACGUUGCGGGGAAUUCCUACAAAUCACAGGAGGCUUCCAAGCAACUUGUGACAGAACUGGUCCCAGUAAAAGUGCGACAGUUGAAACUUCCUGGUAUUGUGAAUCCAGACGUGAUGGACAUCCUCGCGUUCACCACAAAUCACAAUAUCGUUGUGAAGCCGACUGGACAGGCCAUAAUCCAGUAUGCCUGGGAUCAUGUGGCCAGGUAUUACUAUUGGACCUACGUGUUCUACCAAGUGGUCAUCAUUGGCAGCCUUGUGGUCGAGGUGGUCUCUCCCCCGCGGACGCUGUGGGGAGAUCGAAUUCGAUGGAGCCUCCUGGCAGUCUUGGCCCACUUGGAAUUGUUUUAUGAGUUUUUCGAGAUGUGCGGCUUCAUUUGCUACCUGCAGCACGGGCGGCGAAGGUAUUUCUCGAAGAUCGAGAACGCGUACAAUUGGGCCUCCAUCGCCAUGCUGCUUGUCGUGGUCUAUAUGACCAUGGGCAAUCUUACCUUCCAGGACAUUCCCAUCAUGCUUUCGCUGCUCGUGCUGUUCCGCUGGAUUCAGCUGACUUGGAGCUGCAGGGCCUUUGAGUGGGUUGGGGAGAAGAUCCUGCCCAUCAUGCAAGCAUCCUUCUCCGCGCACAUCGGAGGGAUUCUGGUAGUUACCUUCUGCGUGAUGUUUGGGUUCUUGCACGGCUCCAUGGCACUGGAGCUGGGGAAUGCUCUUCCGCAUCACUAUGCGGCUGUGCUGGGGUCUUUGAAGCUGCUGCUCCUGGGAGAUGGAGAUGGCAUUGACGUGAUCCUGCAGCUCGGGGAAGCACCUGAGGAAGGGAACGUUGUCACCUUCUUCUUCCUCUUUGCCUCAAUGGUGGUUUUCUGCGUCUGCGUCCUCAACCUCUUCAUUGCUGUCCAUGGCGAGGCCUAUGACUCUGCACAAGACAAGGCAUUUACGGAGUUCCUGCAGGAGAGGGCCGGAAUUUGUCUGCACUGCCUUCUGAGGCCAUCUUGGCCGCCGCGGUGCUUCUCCUUUCGCGUGCAGCGCCGUCUGCUGUCCUACCUCCUGCUGCAGCUGAUCGGUCUGACGGCCUGGGCUUUGCUGCUGCGGGAGCCUUCUAUCCCCACACUGGCGCCCACUGCGAUGCUCCUGGUCUUUGCAAUGUUGGGUGACUCCAUCCUUGUCCAACGUCCAUGGGACAAGAUGAAGGGGGACGAGUACUACUUGUGGAUGUGCUACAAGGAGAACUUCGACCAAGGGAGGAUGUUGCCUGUGGAGCGGGAGACCUCGGAGAGCAACAUGGAUGGCCGCAUUGCGCGGCUGAAGCGGGAGAGCACACAGCUUUACAAGCAACUCCAAUCCGAGGUGACGACGAUCUCGAAGAAUGUCACGGAGCGCACGCAGAGCCUAAGCCAGAAGGUCCAGGCCAUGGAUGGGCGGCUCCAGGGCCUAGAGGUCUCCAUGGAGGAGCUCCUGAGCAACAUCGAGUAUGUGUGUCAGCGAAGCCAAGUGAAAGCACCGCUGAUAGACUAGGCUUGUGGUUAUCUUAAUGAACGUUAGUAAGCUUAAGCUCAUAUACAUACCUCGCACCUGUGUUAAAAACACGGCGUGCCAUGUAUGGAUUUGAUGUCUUUGCGCAAGC